CUGUUCCUCCCUUCCUCGCGGGGUCUUUCUACGCAUGCGCACGAAAAAGAGGCGGAGCGACGGAAGCCGGGAAGCGGCGAAGGAGGAGAACGAGGAGAAGGCGAAAGCGGGCGGCGUGUGAGGAGGCGAAGAAAGGAAGGAGGCGGUUGGAGAGACACUUCCCUUCCUUUUUUGAGGAUUGUGUCCUCCUGUGAAGUGCCCCUGAUGCUGGACUCCGCUGCAGCCCCGCUGAGGCUUCCCGGGAUGGCAGCAAGCUGAUGGGCGGCUGAGGAUGACCUUGACUGACAGGCUGCGGGAGAAGAUAUCCGGGGCCUUCCACAAGCACGGGCUGCUCUGCGCUUCCUACCCCAUCCCCAUCAUCCUCUUCACGGGACUCUGUGUCUUGGCCUGCUGCUAUCCAUUGCUGAAACUCCCAUUGCCGGGGACGGGCCCUGUGGAGUACACCACCCUUGCCAAGGACUACGCGCCGCCUCCCGCCUUCCCUGCGCACCAGCAAGGAGAGCCCAGCGAGAGGCCCGACUGGUACACGGGGGCUCCCGUGGCCUACAUCCAGCAGGUCCUGGUGAAAGCCACGGUCUCCCCUUGGCCCACAACCUUCCUGGCGGUGGAUGUGUUCCGCUCUCCGCUUUCCCGGGUCUUCCAGCUGGUGGAAGAGAUCAGGAAUCACGCCCUGCAAGACGGUUCCAGCGUCAAAAGCUUGGAAGAAAUCUGCCUCCAGGUAACGGACCUCCUUCCUAAUUUAAAGAAGCUCCAAGGCCUGCUUCCCGAACAUGGCUGCCUGCUGCUGUCGCCAGGGAACUUCUGGCAGAACGACCAGGAGCGCUUUCGGGUCGACCCCGAUAUCAUCAAAACCAUCCACCAGUAUGAACCAAAGACCCUACAGACCUCGGCUACCCCCAAAGAUCUGCUCUUCGGAGUCCCAGGGAAGUACAGCGGGGUGAACCUCUACAACCGGAAGCGCGUGGUCACCUACACCAUCACCCUGGGCCUCCGGCGUUACGAUUCGAGGUUCCUGUCCAGCUUGCGCUCCCGGCUGAAGGCGCUGCACCCCAGCCCCAACUGCACCCUGCGCGAGGAGCACAUCGUCCACGUCCAUUUCAAGGAGGAGAUCGGCGUCGCGGAGCUGAUCCCCCUCGUCACCACCUACAUCAUCCUCUUCGCUUACAUCUACUUCUCCACACGCAAGAUUGACAUGGUGAAGUCCAAAUGGGGCCUGGCGUUGGCUGCCGUCGUGACAGUUCUCAGCUCCCUGCUCAUGUCUGUCGGCCUGUGCACUCUCUUUGGCCUGACACCAACACUCAACGGAGGGGAGAUUUUCCCUUACCUUGUGGUUGUGAUUGGCCUGGAGAAUGUGCUGGUUCUCACCAAAUCAGUCGUCUCCACGCCUGUCGACCUGGAAGUGAAGCUGCGGAUUGCGCAAGGUUUGAGCAACGAGAGCUGGUCAAUUAUGAAGAACAUGGCCACGGAGCUGGGGAUUAUCCUCAUUGGUUACUUCACCCUUGUCCCAGCCAUUCAGGAGUUUUGCCUCUUUGCCGUAGUGGGUUUGGUGUCCGACUUCUUUCUCCAGAUGUUCUUUUUCACCACCGUCCUCUCCAUUGACAUUCGACGGAUGGAGCUGGCAGACCUGAACAAGCGUCUCCCGGCCGAGGCCUGUGUGGCCCCCGCCAAGCCCUCAAGCGGCUGCCAGCGCUACGAGCGACAGCCGGCCAUGCGUCCCGCCACCCUGCACACCAUCACCCUCCAGCCCUCCUCCUUCCGGAACCUGCGCCUCCCCAAGCGCCUGCGGGUGAUCUACUUCUUUGCCCGGACUCGGCUGGCCCAGAGGCUCAUCAUGACUGGGACCGUGGUCUGGAUCGGGAUCCUGUUUUACACAGACCCAGCGGGCCUCCGCCCCUACCUGGCCUCGCAGGUGACGGAGCAGAGCCCCCUGGGAGAGAGCGGCCUGCCCGCCCUGCCGGUGCCUGUCCCCGGAGAGGUCCUUCCCACUGGCGGGGACGCCAAGCUCUCCCUCGCCAUCUUCCCUCCGGACCCUGUUCAGCAGCUGUCCAGGAACCAGACGCUGGAGAGGUCCAGCAGCGGCAGAGGAGGACCAGCACGGCAGACGGAGCUGGACCCCAAGGCAGAGGUGACCUGGGGAGCCGAGGAUGAGGAACUCUGGAGGAGGCUCUCCUUCCGGCACUGGCCCUCCCUCUUCAGCUAUUACAACCUCACGCUGGCCAAACGAUACAUCAGCAUCCUUCCUGUGAUCCCGGUCACGCUGUACCUGGACCCGCAGGAGGCCUUAGAGGCCCGUCACCCUCACGAUGCAAAUCGCUACCAGACUUUCUUCUCGUUGAGCGGCGGGAAGCCGGAGAAGGCGGACCCUCUGGCGGAAGGCACGGCCAAAGUGCAGGCCCACCGAGACGUCACUCUUUACAAGGUGGCUGCUCUGGGCCUGGCGUCCGGCAUCCUGCUGGUCCUCCUGCUUUUCUGCCUCUACAAAGUCCUGUGCCCCAAAAACUACGGGCAGAACGGCCCUUCCCACAGCCGCCGGAGGAGAGGGGACCUGCCUUGCGACGACUACGGCUACUCCCCGCCCGAGACGGAGAUCAUUCCCUUGGUCCUCAGGGGCCACCUCAUGGACAUUGAAUGCCUGGCCAGUGAUGGGAUGCUGCUGGUCAGCUGCUGCUUGGUGGGCCAGAUCCGGGUCUGGGACGCUCAGACGGGCGACUGCCUCACAGUCAUUCCAAAGCAAGGGCUCCGCCGAGACCACAGCGGGGUCUUUGACUACCCAGAGGCUUGGGACCACAGCCCUGAGAGCGGCCCCGAGGAUCCCUUGGAGGGGCCCCGCCUGUGCAAGAGGGCCCGCAGCCCCCCGCAGCCCCCGCUCUUCAGCGACCAGCCGGACCUCUCGUCACUCAUCGACACCAACUUCCUGGAGCAGGCCAAAGCGGGCGGUCCCGAGCCCCGGCACCGGACUGUCUGCGGCCGCCAGAGAGAGGCGGGCUACGACUUCUGCAGCCUGGUGGAGAAGGCCUGCGAGGAGCAAGGGGCCCCCAACUGCCUGAGCGCCCUGGGCUUCUCGGCCCCUCGUGGACCCCCGGAGGGACGGAGCGCAGCCCCCGGUUGCAGGGCUUUUGAGGAGGAGGAGGAGGAGGAGAUGGGACAGUGGGGCCGCCGGCGGAGCAGCCUGGGCGAAGAGCCCUGCCCUGCAAUGGAGAGGGCCCCGGGGCCUCCUUCUUGGGGAGCGGGGGACCUGGAGAGCUCCAUCUGGAGCCUGGAGCUGCAGGGGAACCUCAUCGCAGCCGGACGCAGCAACGGGAGGCUGGAGGUGUGGGAUGCCAUUGAGGGCACACUCCGUUGCAGCACCGAGGAUGGCCAGUCCGGCAUCACCUCCCUGGUCUUCCUGAACGGCAGGAUUGUUGCUGCCCGGCUGAAUGGCUCCUUGGACUUCUAUUCCUUGAGGACGCACUCCUCCCUGGAUCACUCCCAGUUCCGAGGUGCGCCAGGGAGGAGCAGCCUUCCCCCGCCCCCCAUGUACAGCAGCGGCGACCUCCUGUCCUGCCAGCUGACCCACACGGUCACCUGCGCCCACCAGAAGCCCAUUACCGCCCUGAAGGCCGCAGCCGGGCGCCUGGUGACGGGGAGCCAGGACCACACUCUCCGGGUCUACCGCCUGGAGGACUCCUGCUGCCUCUUCACGCUGCAGGGCCACUCGGGGGCCAUCACGGCCGUCUACAUUGACCAGACCAUGGCUCUGGCCAGCGGGGGCCAGGACGGGGCCAUCUGCCUCUGGGACGUGCUGACGGGGGCCCGGGUGGGGCACAUGUACGCGCACCGCGGGGACGUCACCUCCCUGACCUGCACCGCCACCUGCGUCAUCAGCAGCGGCCUGGACGACAUCAUCAGCAUCUGGGACCGCAGCUCCGGCAUCAAGCACUACUCCAUCCAGCAGGACAUGGGCUGCGGGGCCAGCCUGGGCGUCAUCUCGGACAACCUGCUGGUGACGGGGGGCCAGGGCUGCGUCUCCUUCUGGGACAUCGGCUACGGGGACCUCCUGCAGACGGUCUACCUGGGCAAGAGCAACGAGGCCCAGCCCGCCCGCCAGAUCCUGGUCCUGGAGAACGCGGCCAUCGUCUGCAACUUCGGCAGCGAGCUCAGCCUGGUCUACGUGCCCUCCGUGCUGGAGAAGCGGGACUGAUGCGGACGGGGGCAAGAGGCCCGGCAGCCGGCAGUCAGCCCUUCCGGGUCCUUGUCUGACCGAAGUGGAUGAUGGGAGAGCGCUUGAGAGGGAGGGCACACUGGCUGCCAAGGGUCAUGGGAAGUCCCACUUGCAGAGGUGCAAUGGGGUCGGCCAAGAGGCAAGGAACCCUCGCUACUCUGGAGGCAUCUCUCCAUGCUCUCGAGUCGAGAUUAUGAAGGAGAGGGGCGAGAGUCCUAUGUGGACAAGAGGAGAUCAAGGAGAGUCCACACUUGGCCCCUAGAAUUGGCAGGUGCCCCAAAGAAGAGCCUCUCUCUCUCUCCCCGCUUUGGGACAGGAAGGGCUGCUUUGGCUGGCUCCCACCCUCCCUCUGCCCAUUCCUACCCCUUCUGCCCCAUAUAGUCCUGGGAUAGAUCUUGGGCUCUGCUCUUGGAAGGCUUCUUGGGCCCCUUGUUGCAUCAGGGGCCCUCCUGCCCCCUGGCAAAAUGGCAGCUGGCUUUCCACCCUCCUUGCUUCUCCUCCUCUGGCCCAUUCCUGUCCAGGGCUCCAGCCAGGUACACUUUUGGGGUCGACCUUGGGCUCUGCUCUUGGGAAGCUUCGUGAGCCCCUCAUUGCCACCUCCCUCCAAGGGUGAGCCUAUCCUGCUGCCUGCCAUAUUUAUUUAUGUCCUGUACAUACUUAUUUAUUCUGGCCUAUAAUAAGCUCGGAAGGAGAGAGAGGGGUGGCGGCAGGGGAUUCCAAAGCUGGCCCAGCGGUCAGGCCCAAGGGGAGCAGCUAGAGAGGCAAUCCGUUCCUGGGCCAGUCUUGGCUUUGCAGAUUCCAGUGAUACACCCCAAGCAAAGGAGGAAAACAGGGUGGCCGGGAAGACAGGAAAGGGAGAGCGGAGCAAGAAGAGGCUUUACUACUUAAGUAUUUAAAGCCACGGACUGACCACCUAGUUGGUGUCUUUGGUUGUUUUCGUUUAGGGCCCCUUCCUGUAGAAAGGACGCUUUGGGUCUAGCCUGCUGCAUCCCUUUUCUGCCCCUUUUCCCAUUCUGGACAAUGGAGCAGCCCCCCAUUCCUCCCCCCUGCUGAUCCCUCUGGGCAUUGUCUCCCACAUCGCCCCCCCCCUCCCCCAAUGCCUCAGGUGGCCUUAGCUCUGCUGUGCCCUUUUUGGACCGUACGGCGGGAGCGGCUUUUGUACCAGAUUGUGUUUUAUAACGUGGACAGGGACAUUAAACAGAACUAACUUGA